GUUAGUUAGUUAGUUAGUUAGUUAGUUAGUGAUGCUCAUGUGUUCCUGUGAUAAAGUGGAUUUUAAUCCCAUCACACAACGCAGAGUUUAUGAAGCCGAGCAGGAUCAUGGACACGGGGCUCAUUCAUCUAACGGGAGGACUUUACUCGUCGUCGUCGUCAAGAGCGCAGCAUGUGAGAUGAUGAAGAUUUGGAGAUUUCUGAAUGAUAAAUGAGUCUCAUUAAAUGAAUAAACAGCGAAGUAAAGAGUCGUAUGUGUGUGAGGUUGCAGCAUGUCCAGGGAAACCACAGAUUUUGCAAGCAAUGACCCAAAGAUGCCUCGUAAUCGAGUGUGUUUUGAAACUGACUUCGAAAACGUGGAUCAGGAUUUUGUUUUAAAAGCCAAGCAGUGUAGUCAUCACGCUCUAUGAACUAAACCAGGAUUUAUUCGCACACUCGAGCUCAAUGGCUGACUCCAUUCCCAUCCCCAUGCUGAACAUCCUCCCACCGUCAUCAGAUAACGACUCCUGGUCUCCGUCACCGAGCCCGCUUUCUCACCGGCGCCGGAAUUGGGACGCAAUAGGCAAGAAACGCAGAACCCGAGCUCACCAGGAGGACAACCUGGGAGAUGGGGACAGGUCCAGGAGCAAGAAGAGCGAGAAGAUGAAGGGGAGGAACCUCUCACCUGUCAGGGUAGAAGGGGAGGGGCUUGUUAAGGAAUUGGCAAAUAACUCUGCUUCUUUCCUCCUGCCUCCAUCUCGGCGUUCCUCUCCGCGCACCAGGUGGUCUCGGUGGUCGCUACGCAGUUUUCACAUGAAGGACUCAGACUGCGAAAGUUGCAGUACGGCCAGUAACUCUCCCCGCAGCACUCCAGGCAGUUCUCCCUCUCUACGGCGACGGGUGCUGGGUGGGCGGGCCAGUGAGGGCGAGGGGCAGAAUGAGCGCACCGGAGGGGGAGGAGCUGACAGCUCUUCACUGCCCACAGCCUCCUCUUCUUCCUCUUUACUCCCUACACCCUCUGCCUCUACCUCCAAUUACCCAAUCAGCUCGCGGCACUUCUCACGCAAUGCCAAGAAAAUGCAAAGCUGGUACAAUGUUCUCAGCCCUACCUAUAAACAGAGGAAUGAAGAGUUCCGUAAACUCUUUAAGAAACUGCCAGAAACAGAGCGGCUAAUUGUAGAUUAUUCGUGUGCUUUGCAGAAGGACAUCCUCCUGCAGGGACGUCUCUAUCUGUCUGAGAACUGGAUUUGCUUUUACAGCAACAUCUUCCGCUGGGAGACUACGAUCACCAUCCUGCUAAAGGAAGUGACCAAUCUGACAAAAGAGAAAACAGCUAAACUCAUUCCAAAUGCCAUCCAGAUCAACACUGAGCAGGACAAGCACUUCUUCACCUCUUUCGGAGCUAGGGAUCGCAGCUUCAUGAUGAUCUUCAGAUUGUGGCAGAAUGCACUAAUGGACAAGACGCUGUCUCCUAAAGAGCUUUGGCACAUUGUACACCAGUGUUAUGGCACAGAGCUUGGGCUAACAAGCGAGGACGAUGAUUACGUCUCUCCCACCAGCGAGCAUGUCAACGGCCUACUGCCAGCUGAUGAUUCUUCCUCCGACGUGAUGGAUCCGUCCUCAGCUUUGGCAGCACCUGGAUCUUCUCCUCUAUCCUCGUCUUCCUCUUCAAUUCAGCCAGCAGAGGUCCAGCCAUCGAAACAGAACGCAGAGUCUGAGCCAACUCCAAAUACACACUCUAUCACACACGCUACACCCCCUGCCUCCACCACUGCUGCUGCUACUAAUUUGGAGGAAGGUGGGCAGGAAGGUCAGGCUGAAGAAACUGAGCAGGUGACACCGGUGGCUCACGUGUCAUCACUGGAGAUGACCAACGACGAAGAGCUUCCCACUGACCCGAGCAACUCGUCUGACACGCAGGAAGAGAGUGAGGUGGAGUUGUUCUGUGGUGAUCUACGAGGUCGUCUCCACAUUAACACCGUGCUGAGGAUGAGUGUGGACAGACUGUACGAGCUGCUCUUCUCUGACACACACUUCCUGCAGCACCUCUUCACCCAGCGCAGCUUCACUGAUCUGUCAGUACAGGAGUGGCAGAAAGACAGCAGCAGUGGGAUCAGCACUCGAGUUUUAAGUUACACCAUCGCCAUUAACAACCCCCUUGGUCCUAAAACAGCCCCUGUGGUAGAAACACAGACUCUCCAUAAGAGCAGUUCUCGAGGUGUGUGUUAUGUGGUGGACUCCGAGGUCAUCACGUCAGGAAUCCCGUACCAAGAUUACUUCUACACCGUACACAGAUACUGUCUCACCUCCGUCAGCACACAGAAGAGCCGCCUCAGGGUCUCAUCAGAUAUCUGCUACAGGAAGCAGCCAUGGAGUUUGGUGAAGGCUCUGAUAGAGAAAAACACCUGGAGUGGCAUAGAAGAGUACUACAGGCACAUGGAGAUGGAGGUGUGUAAGUUGGAGACUCUACUCCAGUCCCAGGUGGUGUGUGUGGGAGAAUCAGAAUUGGUUAAAGCUCCUCCCACACUGCGCAGGCGCAAACACACCGGCUUGAAACGGGCAGAGGGGGCGGGGCCUGGGGGUGGAGCUACUGAGCAAGGGGCUGCUGCUCAAAGGGAGCGCAGAGACACAGGUGCACAGUACCUGAAGGUUGGUGAGAGGUGGCGAGGUUCAGCAAACAGCAAUAGCGUCACACUCCUGCUCAUCAUCAGCUUCAUGAUCUGUAUCAGUCUGGUGGUUUUGGUAGCUCUGAACAUGAUGCUGUUCUAUAAGCUGUGGGCUCUGGAACGAGCCGCUCACACACUUGAGACGUGGCAGUCAUACUCACUGUCGGACAGUCCUCUCCCACAGUCAUCAUCUGAGUGGAUGAAGGUUCUGCAGUUACAGCGUCAGUUCCAUCAGGCACAACUAAACAAGUGGCAGCAGAUCCUACACUCAUCAGUCACACUGCUUGACCAGAUGAAACAGUCUCUGGAGAAUCUACACAGAGGAAUAAUUAGAUCUGAGGAACAGAAAGCUGUCGCUCCUCCUCCAUCUGAACCUCCCACAACAGACACUCUAACUGAGCAGUGACACACACACACACACACACACACACACACACACACACACACACACAGACCUUGCAGCCGCUCUCUGAUCAAUAGACUGUGAACAUGUGAUUGGGCAAAAUUACAGAGAAUGCUCAGCUUCUUCCACUGUGACUAACUGUGAAUGCAGCGCUGCCUUUCCUUGUGCCCUACACCCUAAUCCCUACACCCUAAUCCCUACACCCUAACACCUACACACUAAUCCCUAUACCCUAAUCCCUACACACUAAUCCCUACACCCUAAUCCCUUCACCCUAAUCCCUACACUUUUACUUACUAAAGCAAUAAAUCAGUGGUGAUUUGGGACAGAGCCAAACUGUUCACUCUGAGUAGUGAUCUUCAAACUAGUACACGAUCGCCACUGAAUCACUUUUACACACACACACACACACACACACACACACACACAGUUUUAAAGGAAGAGGCGGGCCCUCAUACUUCAGAGCUUCUUCCUGUUUUUCUGGUCAGGACCUACAGACUGAUGUUUUAUCUUCCUUCAGCAGCAUGAUCACUUCAUCUUGUAAUGAUUACCCAGAAUGCUCAGCUGCAACAUGCUUCAGUUUUCUGGAACUUGAGAGACGGUGCAAUCGACCGCUUCAGUAUUUAUUUCUCUGACUGAAAAAAAAUCUUGUUUGGUUUGUGUGUGUGUGUGUGUUAAGACCACAACAGCAAUAAUCAUGAAGAGAAAAUGUGUGAUAUUUAUUGUGAAAGGCAGAGCUGCUUGUAUGUGAUGUAAAAACACUGUUACACUCAGUGACAGGGUCUGAAAUGAACUCCGCCUCCUGACCCAGCGCCCAUUAAACCACUCCCACAUCUUAACUCUGCCCACAAGAGUGACGUGACGAGGAGCUACGAGCUAACGUAUCUGUGCCUUUCCAGAACAGGAGACGUCACGGAUACGGGACUAGACCUUUAAUUAUUUAACAUCGUUUAACAAGUCCUCCAGUCCAUAAGGAGGCGUAGCAGCAGUAAUCAUCAGUAACGUUAGAAUAUUCUCAGGUUCUCUACAAGUCCAUUAAUGUUACAUUUUAAUAAUAGAUUUAAGAAGUUGAUUUCAGACCCUGCACUUCAGACCCUCUGUUUCUCUUAGUAUUAUAUUUAUUUGAUGUCACAUCGAACAGCUCGGUGUGUCGCCGUCUUCUGUCAUUGUUGUUGUAUUUUAUUGGAUCAAGACUUGAAGUGAUCAGGGUUACUGUAGAUCUGCAGGCGUGUCCAUCAUCACCAUAUUCACCCAGAAACGUCGACACGUCCUGCCUCUCGACCGCCGGCAGGAAUCACCACGAGAUGUUCAACGGAUUAUCUGUCAGAUCUUCUUCAUAAUUAUCAGAUAUCUGAUUAAAGAUAUCACGAGGAGCUGAACCUCAAUCUGACAAACAGCAAAAUAUCACUGUAAAAACCAGAAAGUCUUUCAUCCUCAAACGUUCACUUGGGGAUAAAAGUUUGUUAAACAUUACAAAAAGAUUUUGAAAGAAUUUGGAUUUUAUUGGACAAAGAUUUUGUCAAUGUUAUCAGACAACAUUUUUAGUGUUAUUCAUUUAUAGUUUAUUUAGUUAUUAUACCUGAGCUCUUAUGUGAAAUGUGCAGAGUAUUUAUAACGUGUGAUACGCACCGCCUCCCUGAGGUUUCAGAUGGUUGCUGGGUUUAACCAAUCCGGUUGUUUCUCUCGACUGGUCUGCUCUGAUUGGCUGCUGGCAGUCUCAGUGACACAAAGUGAUCGAGAUCGUUAACAACUGCAGCAGUGUGACAAAAUGUCUAUGGAAAAAUGAAGAAAUAACUAAUAACACCCAAUUUGUUCACUGUUGCCAUGGUAACGGUUUUAUCCUGCCCCCUGGAUUGGUGUGUCAGGUUCAUAUAGAAAUGUAAAGAAAGAAAAGAUUUUUUCACUGAUAUUAUAAACCAUGAUUAUAUAUGAGCCUGCUGUAGACCCAACCAUCUGGAAGCACACACACACACACACACACACAAUAAUAUUCAUGUUGCUGUUUAAACACUGAGGACCAAACAGAGUUUGGGGACAAAGGGACGUCCCCCUGCUGUGUCUCUCUGCAUUUCACACAUUUUUGUACAAUUUUAGCUGCUGUGUGUUGUGUAUUUUUUAGCAAUGAUGUCUGUUACUGCUGUUCCUUAUCCUGCACUCCUCUAUCCACAUCACUCUCUCUCUCUCUCUCUCCCUCUGUCACUCUCUGUUUUAUUUAUUUGCUUUAGUCUGGAGGAGGAAGUGUGGUUUUGCUGUAAAGUUCUGAUUUGAAAGGCAAAACAAAUAAAAGUAGGACUUUAGGGAAAUGAAACAUCA